CUGCGGCUUCUCACUAGCACUGCAUGUUGUCUUAGACUGUCUUAGCGAGCGUCGAAAGUUUUUUUUCGGGAAAGUGGUCCUUCAGGAAUGACAGGAAGCCAUGAAUUCAAGGGAUAUUGCAGACCAAAGUUACUCUAAGCUCAUGCAGCAUCCACCAGACAAGCAAAGCUUGACAGAAGCCUCCACUAAACUAAUACAGCUGGAGGAUUAUUCUUCUCUCCAACCUGAUGCCUCAUCAGCACAUCAAGAUCAAAGUUCUAAGAGCAUCUUGGAAAAACUGUCACUGUCAAGCAAGAAUGGACCACAAAUAUUCUUCAUCAAGCAAGAAGAAACAGAUGAAGAACAAUGUGAAGUGAGCAGAGAUGCAUGUAGUGAGCUUCUACUGGGGAGUAUUUUCAAUACCUUGUCCAACUUCAUCGAAAAAGACUCGGAAGAAACGCCUCCCUGCCAUACUACAACACUAUCAACAGAUCAAGAUUUUAGCUGCAGUUCCAGUAACAUGCCUCAAAGUUUGGAUGAUAUGGCCCAGGGUUCCAGUCCUCUCACAGAUAUGGAAAACAAGAUAACCACUUACACCCUUGGGAAAAGUAGAUAUGAAUCCAAGGGUGACAAUGUCCUGGAAAGCAUUCAAAGUAAGAAAGGACCCAUGGGAAUUGAUGCAGAAACGGUUACAGAUUUUGAGAAGUCAAUUUCUUGUGAUGAAACAUAUAAUGUAAAACCUUAUGUGUGUAAUGUGUGUAAGAAAGGUUUUCCCAAUUCAAGGAAACUUGAUGUUCAUAUGCAUACGCAUUCAGGUGAAAAACCUUAUCCUUGUACAUUGUGUGACAAAAAAUUUCCAACAAAAACUCAACUAAAUAGACAUAUACAAACACACUCUGGUGAAAAACCUUAUGUGUGUAGUGUGUGUAAGAAAGGUUUUCCCAAUUCAAGGAAUCUUGAUGUUCAUAUGCAUACGCAUUCAGGUGAAAAAUCUUAUCCUUGUACAUUGUGUGACAAAAAAUUUGCAACACAGUAUCAACUGAUGCGUCACAUGAAAACGCACUCGAAUGAAAAACAAUAUUCAUGUCAAAAGUGUAGUAAACACUUUGCUUCAAAACAUGGCCUUGAGUAUCAUAUGAUGUCACACUCUGGUUUAAAGCCUUACUUAUGUUCAUUCUGUGGCAAGAGAUUUAGAGCAAACAGUCAGCUGAAAAGUCACAUAAUGACUCAUAAAGGUGAAAAGCCCUAUUGUUGUUCUUUGUGCAAUGCAAGAUUUUCUUGCAAACUUUCCUUGGAAGAACACAUGCUUGUUCACACAGGAGAAAAACCAUUUCAGUGUGAAGAGUGUAAGAAAGUGUUUGCCGUUGCUGACAAUUACAAAAGGCAUAUUCGUCUACAUGCCGAAGAAAAGCCCUAUAAGUGCUCCAAGUGUGAUAAACAAUUUGACAUGAAGUCUUCUCUUAUAAAGCAUUUCCAAAGGCACACUGGUCAAAAGGGUUUCUUAUGUCCUGAAUGUGGUAAGAGAUUUUAUACCAAUGACUACCUUACUCAGCACAUGUUUGUGCACUCUGGGGAGAAACCUUAUCCUUGUACAUUGUGUGACAAAAAAUUUCCAACCAAAGCUCGACUAAAUAGACAUUUACAAACACACUCGGGUAAAAAACCUUAUGUGUGUAGUUUGUGUAAGAAAGGUUUUGCCAAUUCAAGGAAUCUCAAUGUUCAUAUGCAUAUGCAUUCAGAUGAAAAACCUUAUCUUUGUACCUUGUGUGACAAAAAAUUUGCAACACAGUAUCAACUGACGCGUCACGUGAAAACGCACUCGGGUGAAAAACCUUAUGUGUGUAAUGUGUGUAAGAAAAGUUUUCCCAAUUCAAGGAAUCUCAAUGUUCAUAUGCAUGUGCAUUCAGGUGAAAAACAUUAUCCUUGUACAUUGUGUGACAAAAAAUUUGCGACACAGUAUCAACUGAUGCGUCACAUGAAAACGCACUCAAAUGAAAAACAAUAUUCAUGUCAAAAGUGUAGUAAACAUUUUGCUUCAAAACAUGGCCUUGAGUAUCAUAUGAUGUCACACUCUGGUUUAAAGCCUUACUUAUGUUCAUUCUGUGGCAAGAGAUUUAGAGCAAACAGUCAGCUGAAAAGUCACAUAAUGACUCAUAAAGGUGAAAAGCCCUAUUGUUGUUCUUUGUGCAAUGCAAGAUUUUCUUGCAAACUUUCCUUGGAAGAACACAUGCUUGUUCACACAGGAGAAAAACCGUUUCAGUGUGAAGAAUGUAAGAAAGUGUUUGCCGAUGCAGGUAAUUACAAAAGGCAUAUUCAACUACACUCCAAAGAAAAGCCUUAUAAGUGCUCCAAGUGUGAUAAACAAUUUCCGAUUAAGUCUUAUCUUGUGAGGCAUUUCCAAAGGCACACUGGUCAAAAGGGUUUCUUAUGUCCUGAUUGUGGUAAGAGAUUUUAUACCAAGGACUACCUUACUCAGCACAUGGUUGUGCACUCCGGGGAGAAACCUUAUCCUUGCUCAAAAUGUGAUCAGAGAUUUUCAUUUAAAUCAAGCCUUGCUAAACACCUGCGACGGCACACUAAACACUGAUAGACUGAUCAAUAGUAGAACUUGGUAAUGUGGAAUAUUGAGAGGGGAAUUAUUCAUGAAAAAAAAUACAUAGUCCAUUAUUCCAAUCAAUAUUUAUAUUAAAAAAAGAUGUUAAUUCCAUUUUAUUUCAUUGGCGUACUACCCUGAUAUGCAUUUUUGUUUUUGUUGCAGUAUUCCUCAAUUGCACAAGUACAAAAUCUAUCCUAUCUACUAUCAUACCACCAAUCCUGUGUUACCUACAUAUCCAUAAUUUUGAAAAUUGCAGAAAAUAGAAUAACAUAUUUUUUGUGACUUCAGUUUUUUUCCUAAGACCAAAUGUGACCAUGUUCCUGAUUUUGAAAAUAUGCUAUUGUAAGGCUACUAUCGACUAUAUCAAUAGCCCUUGCACAGGUGCAAAUGUGAUUGGUAUUGGUAGAUAUUUUUAAGAAAUUUAUGAAUAAAUUUAAAAGAAUAAAUUGAAAGUCUGGUCCUGUAACUAUUUCAUUAUAUCCUCACAAAAGUUAUUCUAGAUUAUUUUUCAAUACAUAAAAUUGCACUCCUACUUCUCUGACUAUUGCCAGAUCAUUUUUAGCUUAUCCAGCCCUAAGAGCAAGAUGAGCUUAUGCCAUGGCAUGUCGUCUUUCGUCCAUCCACAAUUUCAAAAUGCUACUACUUCGCCAUUUCAAGUCCGAUUUUAAUUCUGUUUGCUUUGUAUGAUAUCACUAGGUGGGGAUUCAAAACUUUUAAACAGAAGUUUGAAAGUCAUUGAAUUUGCCAAUUUAUGCUCAACUUUCAAUAUUCACAAGAAAUGCUUCCUCUUGUUUAUUUCUUGGCCGAUUUGGAUUUAUUUUUACUACCAUCUGGUAGAGCUUCAUGAGGUUCACCAAACUUUUACACUGAAUUUUGACAUUUUUCUAGAACAAUUUGAUGCUAAUUUAUGCUUAUUUUAAAAAAUUGACAUAAAAUGAUUCUUCUUCUAUAUUUGUUGACUGAUUUUUAUCUUUUUUAUCUUCCAUCUGGUAGAUCUUCAUGAGGUCCACCAAAUUUGUACACAGAAUUUUGAGCUUUUGAGUAGAAAAUUAGUUAUGCUAAUUAUGCAAAAUUCAUAAAUCACAUCUUCUUUAUAUGUUCACUGAAUUUAAAACUGCUUAUUCUUUAUCAUUUCAAGUCUGAUUUUAAUUCUGUUUGCUUUUUUAGCAUUAGGCAGAGGAUUCAAAACUUCUAUACUGAAUUUUGAAACUCAUUAAACAUGCUAAUUUAUGCACAUUUAAAAAAAAAAUGCUUUUUUUUGCACCCAUUUGGUAGAGCCUCAUGUGUUCACCAAACUUCUGCACAGAAUUUUGAAAGUUUGUCUAGAAACAAUUUUUAUGCUAAUUAAUUUGUGCGUAUUUUAAAAAUUCACGUAAGUUGCUUCUUUAUUUGUUGACCGAUUUUUUUUUUUUCUCUUUUAUCUGGUAGAGCUUCAUGAGGUUAACCUAACUUCUGCACAGGUUUUGAAAUUUUGAGUAGAAAAUUAUUUAUGCUAGUCUAUGCAAAACUGU